AUGCACUGCUUCCUGCCGCUUGCAGAGCAGGAUCAAUACCAAAUCGCCAUGCAGGUGCUUGUGGGGGAUGAUCUUGCUGAUGCUCUGAUCCAGACGGCUUCGUCGACCCUUCGGAAUGCCGCCACCUCCAACGCAAACCAAGACGCAUCUUCCGACGAUGUAGCCCGUACGACUACCAAUGGCACUAGCGCGACCAAGAGCUCCUUUCCAUCAACCUGGUCACCUGGCAGCAGUAUCCAGCUCAUACCGCCGAAACUGAGUGAUACGACCGACAGAAGCUUGUUCCGAAGGGCGCGACUAGCAGUUUUCGACCCGCAUGGGUAUCGACAUCAGAGAGGCCUCCGACGGCCGCUUUUCUACAAGAGCGGGUACCUCAGCUGCACGCAGUGCAACGGCAUGACCUUUAUCGAUGCCUCGGCCCUGCGAACCAUCCUCGAGCUUAAGAGUUUGGUGGAUUUCGGGAAGGUCCGGCCCGAGAAUCUGCCUCCGUGUGUUGGGUGUGGCGAGACGGCCGGCUUGCGGGUCGGGGCACAUGACUUCUUGAGUCUCAUCCAAGGAGGGAAGGAGGCGCUAGCGCGUCGACGGCGGUUGGAGCGAAUCGCCGCAAAAAUGCUUCAGCGUGCUUUCCGACGACACCUACACAUUCAGUGGAGAAAAUCCGAAAUCGUACGGCAGCGCACCAUACAGCUGCUUCGGUAUCGCUCGGCGCAGGUUAUCCAAGCGAUGUUGCGGGGGCGUUUGGGCCGUCGCGUGUUCGAAACGGAGAAGUGGCUCAGGGUAGUGAAGAAAGCCCACCGGUUGCUCAUCAAGCACGCGCUGGACCACUACCCACAUCGAAAAAGGGUGUUUUGGUACAAGAACGAAGCGGAAGAGCGACAGCUGUACGCUGACUACCGAAUGCUGGUGCUGAGGACAGGUUUUCGGCCGCCACGCAUAGUGGUGGAACAAAACAUCCGCGAGAUUGCGACGAGAGUGCUAGAGAGAGAAGCCGAGCUAGUGGGGCGCAUCCAGGCGCGGUGGAGGGGACUCAGCGUUCGACGCUACUUGGUCGUAUUCCGCAGGGAGCUGAGGAGACAUCGAGAGGUGCGCGCGAGCAUGGUCUUCCGUCUUCAGCGCACCGUAAGAGGUUGGUCUCACCGCAAGCGCUUUUCCAAGCUCAAGUCCCAAAAAGCAGAGCAGAACAUUCUGGGGGACUAUCUAGCCACGAGAGCAACUAAGAACAACGACGACGCGUGCACGGAGGGCAUGUCAAGGCUCCGCAGGGCUUACGUUACGGAAAGGCAGGAAGAGCUGACGGCACGUUUGAUGGGGCACUCCAACCCGAAGCUAGCAGGUGGCUUGAAGAUGAAGGCGUUCUUUGAAAGUCCUUACGGAGACGACGUGGUGUCGGGGCUGAUGAACCAUCAGGUCUGGCAAGCAUGGCAACAGAAGAGAGAUCUCGAGCAAAAGGAUCUUGAACGACAAAAGAGGGCCGAGUGGGUGCGUCUCAAACAACUCGAAGACCCCCAACUGGCCAUGUAUUUUAAAGAAGAGAUGACAGCGAGGAAUGUGUACGUGAUCAACAAGCUGCGUUGGGACCGGCGUGCUCUCAACAAUGUCGCGUCCGCUUUGAAAGACUACAACCGAACCGGGGGGCGAAAGUACGACUUCCCAGAAACCACGGGUUCCGCGAGGACAAGCGUGUUCACGAUCUCAAUGAUGACGAACCCAUCAAUCGAGCUGGGAUUCGAAACAUAG